CUCCCUCGUCUCUCCCUCCGUCCUCCCCCCCGCUCGGUGCGGACAUGCUCCCGGUGCUCCGGAGGAGAUGAGGCUCCGAAAUGUCUCCUUCCUGACGGUCUUGUUGUUCGGGCUGUGCGGGCUGGUCUCCCUGUCCUGGUACACCGCCUUCAGCAGCUCCAGAGGAGAUGUGGUGGACAUCUACCAGAGGGAGUUCCUGGCGUUGAGGGAGCGCCUCCACUCGGCCGAGCAGGAGAACCUGCGGCGCUCCAAGGAGCUGAACCUGGUCCUGGAGGAGAUAAAGAAGGCCAUCGCCGAGAAACAGGCGCUGAGAGACAUCAACCGCACCUGGAGCAGCCUGUCCGAGGAGACGAGGCUGAAGUUGUGGAAUGUGAGCAGCAGUAAAAACGUCCUGCAGCUUCCCUCCAUCUUCCAUCAUCUCCCUCACCUGCUGAACAGAGAGGACAGCCUGCAGCCGGCUGUGCACCUCGGACAGGGACGCACCGGAGUCUCCAUAGUGAUGGGCGUUCCCAGCGUGAAGCGGGAGGUCCACUCCUACCUGACGGAUACGCUCACCUCUCUGAUGUCAGAGCUCAGCCCGGCCGAGAAAGAGGACUGCGUCAUCGUCGUCUUCAUUGCAGAGGCUGACCAGCAGUACGCCAGCAGUGUAGCCGACAACCUGAAGCGCCUUUUUCCAGCAGAGAUCCAGUCCGGUCUGUUGGAGGUCGUCUCUCCGUCCGUUCACUUCUACCCCGACUUCUCCCGACUCAGAGAGUCCUUCGGAGACCCAAAGGAGAGAGUCAGGUGGAGGACGAAGCAGAACCUGGACUACUGUUUCCUGAUGAUGUACGCUCAGUCUAAAGGAACUUACUACGUCCAGUUAGAGGAUGAUAUAGUCGCUCGUCCGAACUACUUCACCACCAUGAAGAACUUUGCGCUGCAGCAGCCGUCGGAGGAGUGGAUGAUCCUCGAGUUCUCUCAGCUCGGCUUCAUCGGUAAGAUGUUCAAGUCGUUGGACCUGUCGCUCAUCGUGGAGUUCAUGCUGAUGUUCUACAAAGACAAACCCAUCGACUGGCUGCUGGACCACAUCAUGUGGGUCAAGGUGUGCAACCCGGAGAAGGAUGCUAAACACUGCGACAGGCAGAAAGCAAACCUGAGGAUUCGGUUCAAACCAUCUCUCUUCCAACAUGUCGGCACACACUCGUCUCUGGCUGGAAAAAUACAGAAACUCAAGGAUAAGGACUUUGGGAAACAGACCCUCCAUAAGGGUCACGCUAACCCGCUGGCCGAGGUGACCACCAGCCUGAAGACCUACCAGCACUUCACGCUGGAGAAAGCCUACCUGGGGGAGGACUUCUUCUGGGCCUUCACGCCCGUAGCAGGCGACUUCAUACGGAUACGCUUCUUCACACCUGUCCGCAUCGAGAGGUAUUUCUUUCGGAGCGGGAACAUCGAACAUCCGGGAGACAAACUCUUCAACACAUCGGUGGAAGUUCUGCCGUUCGACAAUAUUCAGGCGGAGAAAGAGGCCUUGACAGACGGGAGUGAGAAAACACCAAAGUACCAUCGGACAGAAGAUGGAUUCAUUAGAAUCGGAACGUUUAAGAACGGUAUCGCGGAGGGAGAGGUGGAUGCCAGUUUCGGGCCCCUGGAGGCCAUGCGUCUCUCCGUUCUGACGGACUCCCCCGUCUGGGUCAUCCUCAGCGAGAUCUUCAUAAAGAAAGCCGAGUGAAGCUCCUCCCCUACCCCCCUCCUCCCCAGAGAUACCUC